UAUAGCUUGUCAAAAUGAGAUUAACACAAAUAUUAAAUAGACAGCACAUCGGUUUUAUGUUCAAGAAGCACUGGUUAGUCCAAGGGAAACCUGUACCUAUCAAUACAAAAGUAGAGGAAUAUUUGAAAUCAAAAGGCAUUCCUGUGGAAGAUGCUCUAGAAUUCGUGAAGGAAAAACCGGAACCACGCGAAAGAAUUGAAAUAGUAGGACCCCAUGAAUCAUCAAUAUUGUUGGAUAAGGACCACCCAUACUACAAAGAAAAGCCAUGCUACACAUUAAAACACACUAAUGUUUUACUGGAAGGCAUAUCACAGGCCCAAGUCCUCACAAAAACCAUAAUAGCCGAAGAUAAAUUGCCUCAGAAGAUUGAAGAAAUGGCGGCGAUACCUGCACCUAAAGCAAUUCAUGAGAAUGUGAAGAAGGCCAUACUAUCAGCUAAUGUCUUUGACUGCGAACAGAAGAAAUUACCAAAGAUCAAGGACCCUGAGAGGCCUGCCUAUAAUUUUCCUAGAAUUUUGGGUAUUUCAGAUAAAAGACGGAAUGAAAUUAUUACCAACAAAUUACUUCACUUGAUUGAAAGAAGCAGUGACAUAGAAGCAACUCAAUCUAAAUACAUUGUGAAUGAUGUAGAAUGUCAAUCGGUGUUUAACAAAGAUGAUGAAUUAAUACAAUUCCAAGAAGUUUCUAAUAUAUUAGUCACUAGUAACAAUCCAGUCCAACAUGAGUUGAAUGAGAAGGACAUAUCAUUUAUUGAAAUACCCGACUUGUACCCUGUGAAGCAUACUAUUACUUUGCCAAAGGAACAUUUUUACGGAAGCAGUAAAUACCCAAUUCAUCCAACAAUCACUAUGAGGCAUCCCCACACCACAUGGCUGCAUUACAACAGUACAGAAGUGAACAACGUCUAUGAGACUCCAGUCACACCUACCCAGAUCCUCGGCAGGUCAUUAACACACGCAUUUGCCGUCGCCACAGCUUACGCCAAACAGUUGCAUGGGGAAAAUGUUAAAGAUUUACCAGAGCCGGUCUAUAUAAAUUGUAUUCAAACAGACGGUCAAAAAUACCACUUUGGUAUAUUACAAUUGAAUACCUUGAAUGUUGAUGGCACUGAAGGUACCAAAAACGUUUGGUAUUGUAAGAAUGACAUGGAGCUCUAUGGUUCUAGCAAAUAUCUCAGUGCCUUGCCAGUACUGGAAAACUAUAACCCUAAAGUAUAUGAAUACAUCAACGCUUUCUACAACUGUUAGUAUGUAUUAUAUGUGCAAUAUUUAGUUCAGUACAUUCAUAAUAAUAAUGUGUAUCAGUAGGACAUUCUUUUAUUUGACUAGUUGAAACGCCAUGUGUGAGAAGUAAAGCAGUAUGUAAUGUAUUCAUGUGUAUAACCCUUUAUAUUU